CCAACCACCAUGUGAUGUGAGAGUGAAGAGGACAAGGAUGAAGAACAGAAAGAUGAGUGUAAACUAAAGAGAUUGAUACCUUAUUUAUUCCUUCCCUGUUCAAAUUUCGGUCUUUAAAAAAGUCAAAAAAAAUAUGUACUGAUUACUUGAGCUCUUAAAUGCACAACUCCAACUAGAGAGGCCUUACUUACCCUCACAGCCCAGUCCCAUCCAUGGCUUCCUCUCAUUUCCUCUGUAGUCACCAUGUCUUCCUCCCUUCUUACAAUUCCUUCAAGAAGAGCCAGAGCCAUCUCUCUUUAUUUAAGCCAAAUGGGUCAUCUUCUUUUCACUCUAACUCACAGUUCAAAAGGAUCAGAGCCAUGGCUUCUGAUUCAAACACUCCCACAAGAAGACAAGUAGAGGUAGUAUAUAAUCCUGAAGAAAGGAUAAACAAGUUAGCAGAUGAAGUGGACAAGGAGGCACCCCUUUCAAGGUUGACUCUCUUCUCACCUUGCAAGGUUAAUGUUUUCCUAAGAAUAACCAACAGGAGGGAAGAUGGUUUUCAUGAUUUGGCAUCUCUUUUUCAUGUUAUAAGUCUAGGAGAUAUACUGAAGUUCUCUUUGUCACCAUCUAAAACUAAGGAUAGUUUGUCAACUAAUGUGUCUGGAGUUCCCCUUGAUGAUAGAAAUUUGAUUAUUAAGGCCCUUAACCUUUACAGGAAGAAGACUGGCAGUGAAAAAUUCUUUUGGAUUCAUCUUGACAAAAAGGUGCCAACUGGGGCAGGGCUUGGUGGUGGAAGCAGCAAUGCUGCAACUGCACUGUGGGCAGCUAAUCAGUUUAAUGGUUGUCUUGCUACUGAGAAGGAACUCCAAGAAUGGUCCAGUGAGAUUGGUUCUGAUGUUCCCUUCUUUUUUUCUCAAGGAGCAGCAUAUUGUACUGGUCGAGGCGAGGUUGUUCAGAAUAUUCCCCCACCAGUACCUCUUGACAUUCCAAUGGUUCUCAUAAAGCCCCAGCAGGCAUGUUCCACGGCUGAAGUUUACAAGUGCCUUCGGUUGGAUCAAACUAGCAAGGUUGAUCCUUUAACAUUGCUGGAGAAGAUCUCAACAAACGGAAUAUCUCAAGAUGUUUGUAUAAAUGAUUUGGAACCUCCCGCAUUUGAAGUUCUCCCAUCUCUUAGAAGAUUAAAACAGCGUGUGAAUGCAGCUAGUCGUGGACAAUAUGAUGCUGUUUUUAUGUCUGGGAGUGGAAGCACCAUUGUUGGAAUUGGUUCCCCAGAUCCUCCACAAUUUGUAUAUGAUGAUGAAGAAUAUCAUGAUGUGUUUUUGUCAGAGGCAAACUUUCUCACUCGUGAAGUAAAUCAAUGGUACAGAGAACCUGCAUCAACAAGUGCUAGUACCUCACCCUCCAAUUUUUCCCAGUCGAUUGAGUAAACAACCUUUUUUAAUUUGCUCUCCACUCAAAAGGCACCUAAGGCUGACAAUUUCUCUGAACUCCACAAAAAUUCCACAAAUGCUUCCAGGUCGAGUGGCAUGGAUGAUGGAACAGAUGAUGAGAGACCGUUGUUGAAAUAGGGACACAAGAAGGUGAAAGAGCAGACUCCAGAGGUGCUUUUAUUUCUGAGCUGAUUCUAGUUCGUCAAAGUUCAAGUGGGCAUGUACCAAGACUGGCAAUGUAAUUGCUGCAUACAGGGGUAUGUGGCAUCAAAAAGAAAAAGGCUUGUGCUCAGGGAUCAUGCGUAAUGCACAUGAUCAGGUGAACCUUAGAGCUUAGAUACUUGUCCCUUUCUUUUUGCUGCCACAUACCCCUGUAUGACUGUAUGUGGCAAUUGCUGCUUACUCCCUAACCAAUAUUAGUAUUAGUGAGGAUGUGUACUUGGGAUGUUCAACAUCAUUUCAGUUUUUUUUGUUUGAUAGGACCAUCCGUUCAGUUUUUUAUCCAUUAAUCGGGAAUCGUGCGUAAGCCUCCAUUUAAGGUUUUAUUAUGGCUAUAAGAGAGAUUUAACGUCAGUUCUAGAUA